UUGCACUCCUCAGUGGCGGCAAGAAGGGAGGGGAACUGAGUACAUGGCACAGUGUAUGUGGCUGAUCAGCCAGCCAACUCUACUGGGGAGACACCGGCUGCCUUUUAGCCCCAGCCCAGGGGUUCCUGACUACCUGCUGGAGCCGUUGUCCCCACUGAAGACCCACCUUCACUGCAGUAAGGCUCGGGCCAGGUCCCCACAGCCCCACAGUCUCCGCGUGCCCAGCACCCAGCCCAGCCAUCAUGGAAGAAGAGGAAGGUCCCGAGUUUGGCAAGCCAGACUUUGUUCUACUCGACCAGGUGACCAUGGAGGACUUCAUGGACAAUCUGAAGCUCAGGUUUGAGAAGGGCCGGAUCUACACAUAUAUUGGUGAGGUGGUAGUAUCGGUGAACCCAUACCGGAAGCUGCCCCUGUAUGGACCAGAAAUGAUUGCUAAGUACCAAGGGCGAGAGCUCUAUGAGAGACCCCCUCACCUCUAUGCAGUGGCUGAUGCUGCCCAUAAGGCUAUGAAGCGCAGAGCCAAGGACACCUGCAUCGUCAUCUCAGGGGAGAGUGGAGCAGGCAAGACAGAAGCCAGCAAGCACAUCAUGCAGUACAUUGCAGCCAUCACCAAUCCUAGUCAGAGGGCAGAAGUGGAAAGGGUCAAGGACGUGCUGCUGAAAUCAACUUGUGUACUGGAGGCCUUCGGCAAUGCCCACACCAACCGCAACCACAACUCCAGCCGAUUCGGCAAGUACAUGGACAUCAACUUUGACUUCAAGGGAGACCCAACGGGAGGCCACAUCCACAGCUACCUCCUGGAGAAGUCUAGAGUCCUUAAGCAGCAUUCUGGGGAAAGGAAUUUCCACUCCUUCUACCAGCUGCUGAGGGGAGCCAAGGAUGGGCAGCUCCAGGACCUGAACUUGCAGAGAGACCCAGCUUUAUACACCUUUACCCAGCAAGGGGCAGGGCUUAGCUCUUCAGACAGUGAUGAGGCCAACUAUCAGGCUGUAAUCCAGGCCAUGAAGGUUAUUGGCUUUAGCUCUGAUGAGAUGGACUGUGUGCAUCGGAUCCUUGCAGCUAUUUUGCACUUGGGCAAUAUUCAGUUUGUGGAAACUGAGUCAGGAUUGGAGGUGGCAGAGGAGAGGCUGGUGGACCAUGUGGCAAGAUUGACAGCCACACCCCGGGAUCUGGUGAUGCGUUCCCUCCUGUCUCGAACUGUGGCUUCUGGAGGUCGAGAACUCAUCGAGAAGGACCACAGUGCCCCCGAGGCCAGAUAUGCUCGUGAUGCCUGUGCCAAGGCAAUAUACGAACGACUAUUUGGCUGGAUCGUGGGACGCAUCAAUGAAGUGAUGGAAGCACGAGGCAGGGAUCCCCGGCGAGAUGGCAAGGACACAGUCAUUGGAGUGUUGGACAUCUAUGGCUUUGAGAUCUUCCCUGACAACAGCUUCGAGCAGUUCUGCAUCAACUACUGCAAUGAGAAACUGCAGCAGUUGUUCAUCCAGCUUAUCCUGAAGCAGGAGCAGGAGGAAUAUCAGCGGGAGGGCAUCACCUGGCAGAACAUCGAAUACUUCAAUAAUUCAGCCAUUGUGGAGUUGGUGGAGCGGCCCCAUCGGGGCGUGCUAGCCAUACUGGAUGAGGCCUGUGCCUCUGUGGGCACCGUGACAGACCGUCUCUUCCUUCAGAGCCUGGACACCCAUCAUCGACACCACCCCCACUACACCAGCCGCCAGCUGUGUCCCACAGACAAGACUAUGGAGUUUGGCAGAGAUUUCCGCAUUAAGCACUAUGCUGGGGAUGUCACGUACUCUGUGGAGGGCUUCAUUGACAAGAACAAAGAUUCUCUUUUCCAGGACUUUAAGAGGCUCCUGUACAACAGCACAGAUCUCACCCUUCGAAGCAUGUGGCCAGAUGGACAGCAGGACAUCACUGAGGUCACGAAGCGCCCCUUAACUGCAGGAACACUCUUCAAGAACUCCAUGGUGGCACUGGUGGAGAAUCUAGCAGCCAAGGAACCCUACUAUGUUCGAUGCAUAAAACCCAAUGAAGAAAAGUCCCCUGGCCACCUGGAUGAGGAGCGUUGUCGUCACCAGGUGGCAUACCUGGGCCUGCUGGAGAACGUGAGGGUCCGAAGGGCUGGCUUUGCCUCCCGCCAGCCCUAUCCUCGAUUCCUGCUCAGGUACAAGAUGACCUGUGAGUAUACGUGGCCCAACCACCUGCUGGGCUCGGACAAGUCAGCCGUGGGCGCCCUGCUGGAGCAGCACGGCCUGAAAGAUGACGUGGCCUUCGGGCAUAACAAGCUCUUCAUCCGAUCACCUCGCACCCUGGUCACUCUGGAGCAGAGCCGGGCCCGGCUUAUCCCCAUCAUAGUACUGCUGCUGCAGAAGGCCUGGCGGGGGACCCUGGCAAGGCGUCGAUGCCGGCGCCUGAAAGCUAUCUAUACCAUCAUGGGAUGCUUCCGGCGGCACAAAGUGCGGACCCACCUAACUGAGCUACAGAACCGCUUCCAGGCUGCCCGUCACCCCCCUUUGUAUGGGCGAGAUAUGAUCUGGCCCACACCCCCAGCCGUGCUCCAGCCUUUCCAAGACACCUGCCAGGGGCUCUUCCGAAGGUGGAGAGCCCGGCAGUUGGUGAAGAAUAUCCCCCCUUCUGACAUGGCUCAGAUCAAAGCCAAAGUGGCAGCCAUGGGGGCACUCCAGGGGUUGCGCCAGGACUGGGGAUGUGGACGAGCCUGGUCCCGAGAUUACCUCUCUUCGACCAUCGACAAUCCCACCGCCGCAGCUCCCUUUGCUCAGCAGCUGAAGAACCUGAAGGAAAAGGACGGCUUCCGCAAUGUGCUCUUUUCCAGCCACGUCCGAAAGGUGAACCGAUUCAACAAGAGCCGGGACCGGGCAUUGCUGCUCACUGACAAGCACCUUUACAAACUGGAACCCAACAAACAGUACCGGGUGAUGCGAGCAGUUCCCCUCAGUCAGGUGACUGGGUUGAGUGUGACAAGUGGUCAGGACCAGCUGGUGGUGCUACAUGCCAAAGGCCAGGAUGAUUUGGUGGUAUGUCUUCAUCGCACUCAGCCCAAGAUGGAUAAUCGCAUUGGGGAGCUGGUGGGCAUGCUGGCUGGACACUUCCAGGGAGUUGGGCAGGACUUGGAAGUGCGGGUCUCCGACUGCAUCCAACUGAACCAGCGAGGGCGCCGGCGCCAUGUCUCUGUGGAAAGCAAGCCUGAUCAGCCCACGCCAGACUUCCGUCACAGCCGCGAUGGUUUUGUCCUCCUUUGGCCAAGUCCUUGAGUACCGUGGGCCUCAUCUCCUUCCACUCUUACCAAGUUUCUCUUGGCAAAAAUAGGAGGCCCAUAGCAUGAGUAGAUUUUUUUUAUUCCGUUCUAGACUGCUGACUGUCUUUGUGUAUAUUGUAUACAUGUACAUGCUUCUGUGUGUGUGACAGAGAGAGAGGAGGAGGAAGAAAAGAAGAAGAAGAUGAUGAUCUUUCUUUGCUGGACCUACAGAGUAACUUGAACACUUUAUGAUAAAAAAAAAUCAGUUGGUGUGACUAUUAUUGGCUCCUUGAUGUUUAUGGCAACAUAAAAAGAAUGGCCCGGCACAGACUCUUGGUAGCCUAGGCAGGCACUCCUCCCAAGCACAUAAGGGCUAGACUUCAUCCUUUUGUCCCAUCACCAGGCCACUUCCUUCAGUUACAUUACUGAGUUCCCUUUUUAUCUGCCCACUAAUAGAAAUAGAAAUAUAUAAAUGAUGUAUGUAAAUAAAUACCCAAAUGCUCACACA